UGAAACAAAUAAAUUAAAGAUGGAGAAGAAGUUGAGAUUAGCAAGAGCACUUGUUGUUCUUCUCAUUCUUGCCAUUUCCACUUGUUCUAUAGAGGCAAGACCCGCAGAAUGUAAGCCGAGUGGGAAGCUAAAGGGCAUUAAACCACCCAAAGGAAAAUGUAACAAGAAAAACCAUUCAGAUUGUUGCAAAGAGGGGAAGUCCUACACCACCUACAAAUGCUCUCCUCCUCUUUCAAGCAGCACUAAGGCAGUCCUGACAAUAAACAGCUUCGAGAAGGGCGGCGACGGGGGAGGGCCAUCUGAGUGUGACAACAACUACCACUCCGAUGACACCCCGGUGGUGGCGCUGUCCACGGGGUGGUACAGCGGCGGAGACCGCUGCUUUCGCAACAUCACCGUCCACGGGAACGGGCGGAGCGUGAUCGCUAUGGUGGUGGAUGAGUGUGACUCGGCGCAGGGGUGCGAUGAAACGCAUGACUAUCAGCCGCCGUGUCCUAACAACAUUGUGGAUGCGUCCAAAGCGGUGUGGAAAGCGUUGGGUGUGCCUGAAAACCAAUGGGGCUGGCUUGAUGUAACCUGGUCCUUGUCCUAGCUAGAUUAGAUUCAUUCAUCUCAUAUGAACCGAUCCACUUCCUCCGUUUUCAGCGCUCUUUACCUUUAUGUUCUCCUUUCAAAUAAUGUGCAGCUCCUAAAGCCUCAGGUGCGCAUGCCCGCGCACUUUUAAUUUCCAAAUUUCUCAAUUUUAAAUAAAUCUUCAAACUUCUUAUAUUGUUAUU